AUGAGUACGCCUAAGCUCAUUAGCGCCGGCGAAUGCCGGAUUCUCGUGGUUGCAGACAUUCGUGGAGAGAUAUCGAAAUUGAACGAUUUGGCAUCAGAAUACAAAGCAGACAUCAUCAUUCACACAGGAAACUUUGGGUUUCUAGACAGCCACAGUGUAGAGGAGAUCCACGAGUCGUACUUGCGGCACAUCGUGGAGUUCUGCCCGCUCCUCCCGGAAAGCCUAAUACUCAAGAUAUCAAAACUAUCCAAGGUCAACGGACAUGCCGUUGAACAUCUUUCCAACGAGCACGAGAACUUGCGAAAAUUGCUGCGGAACCACUCACUUUCGGAGCUUGGGGACUUCAUCCGCGGAGAUAAGACGCUCCAGGUGCCUGUUUACACGAUUUAUGGCAUGUGUGAAGACUCCUUGGUCAUCAACAAGUUCAGGUAUCAGAUCUACAGAGUGCCCAAUCUUCACAUCAUAGACGACACCGCAGUGUCCCUGGUGGACCUACCGGGCGGCCACAGGCUGCUGUUGGCGGGAAUCGGCGGAUCCUUGUCGUACCACAAGCUUUUCCACCAGGGGUCCCCGGUGAAUUUUGAGGAUAUCAUCGGUGAAGGCCGACAGAUGCAGGAUAUCGAAGGUUUCGGACGGCUUUUGCCCAUCAGUGGCGACCCGGGCAACAUCUGGAUCACCGUGUUGCAGUUCGGCAAGUUGAUCGAGACGUUGAUGGAGUUCUCGUUGCGCGAUCCCAAAGUUUAUGCCGAUGCAAUCAAGAUUUUCGUCACACACCAAUCUCCGGCAAGAGAGCCUUUGCUUGAGCAUCUUGCCAUCUUCUUCAAGAUGGACUACACCAUCUCCAACUCGCUCCACUUCCGCUACUCCUCCUCGUACAACGAACUCUCCAUCAGCCCGAGCUUCGAGUCCUUUAAGAUGAAAUUUAACGAAUGCCGCCACAAGUUCGCCGUGAUCUGGAAAAACGUCCAGCCCAAGUUCGAGAAGCUUCUUUUCGCCUUGGACAACCGCGAGAUGAUUGAUUGCACCCAGCUGGCACUCCAGGUUUUCGACAAGAUCCCGAUUUCCAGCCGAGGCGCCGAGGAAAUCAUCCCACUACAGUUAAAACACCACACUGCCGAUUCGGACGGUCCGACGGAUGCCGACGGCAACCCCGGCGCCACCCGACCAGCCAGGCAGAGAGAGUUGAACGCCAUAAUACGCCAGCUCAACGAUUUGUACUACAUUUCCUUCCAGAACUCGUGGCAUUUCAACAUCUGCGAUUUGGCAUGCGGCCACCUCAUUUUAGACUUCAAAGACGGCCACGUGUCCAUGCAGUCCGUCUCAAAGGGGUUUGACUUCUCAUACCGGGUGCUGGAGUCCGGGGAAAACGAUAAAAGCAACAAAAACGACCAGAACGACGCUUCUGGAUCCAACAUCGACGAAAAUUCUGCAAAUUCCACCCAAAGAAACGCAUCGCCCACUACAACCGGCUCACCGGGACAUCUACGCCGUGCCAGGCGGCCGUUUGGCCACGGGACAUCCUCCAGGGCCAGCCGGGGUGGCCGGGGCCGAGGGGGAAGGGCGUCUGGCAGAUCUAGGGGAAGCUACAGGAGAGAUUAG